CAAGAAUCCGUGCGGUGUAACUUUGCUAUAUAUAGGACUAGUAACCCGCCUAUGAUAGCGCUGGAAUGUAGUAUCCGGCAUUCCAAAUGCAACAAGAGCUUUUAGGUUACAGAGCAGAAUUAUUCACUUGAACUUCUAGACCAACCUACGUAAGCCACAUCAGCCUUUUUAUAUGCCCUAGCAAAUUUUUCAGAUACAGGUGAAGUUGAUCGGCGAUGCCAGGCUGAGCUGUUGCUUGUCGGCCUGCGCAUCCCCCACGUGACGACGGUCUAGAUUGCGGAUUGUGGGGGGAUAAAAUGGAGCUUCAUCCCCAAGAAACAGUUAUGGCCUUUGCUUACACCCUCCGUCGCACGAGCUAGAUGAGUCAGUCCUGUUGGCCCUCAAUGGUUCUCUUUUCCCAGUCUCACCCAUGGAGAAACUCCCCGUAGAGAUCCUCUGCGAGAUUAUUGACUAUCUCACCCCACACGAGCGGGUACAACUUCAGUCCGUCUCGAGGCGGCUAUUCUCCGUGGCCCGGGAUAACAAUCUCUGGAGACUCCACUGCUUCGAAGAGUCAUGGAGCGCUUCCGGAGCCUUGCGUUCCGCUACCAACAAGACUUCCGAGAGCCUAGUCACUAACUCCACCGCUUCCCUCAGCUCAUUAGGCCAGACUUCGCUUCGAUCGCUCAUACAGCCAGGCGCGUCUGGGCUCCGAGACGGUAAAACAAGCGGCUUGGAUCAAACACCGUCCUAUGGGCAGAGAUCCAGAGCAGCGGCGUCGUGGGACCCGUCUUACGAAGGGGAAGAGGUGAACUGGUACUCGGAGUACAUUGCUCGAAAUGGCCCGAUCUCGCUUAGCUGGAUGCAGCAACCCUUCACCAGGGCAUCACAGGGUGGGAGAAGGGAAUACCGUGAGGUCAAAGGAAUGGGACUGCUUCGAGACUGGAGUACUGCUCGACAGAACAAAGUUGUUGCGCCCCUUGAUGACGGCAGUGUCUGCAUUUGGGAUCUUAAUCACUCGCACUCUAUUGGAUCCCAGAGCACCAAGGGUAAGAUUCUUGGGGUCAGCUCGCCGGGGAUCUUGAUGGCAAACCGGUUUGGAAGACGAGAUAACUCGGGAGCAAAGCAAGCCUUGGAAUUCGUGAAUCUCGGAGAAUGUGUCAGCGUAGACUCUAUGCGUCGGAGGGCCUACCUGGCUGUCGGGAAUAUUCUAAACGAGGUAGAUCUCGAAAGUCUCACUGUUAUUUCCCAACAACGCUUUCCUUGGUCCGUUUUUGCCUUGUCCCAGGAGACAGAUUAUUCUGUACCGUUGACAGUGGCUACCACUCUGAGUCUUCACAUCUACGAUGGCAGAAUGUCGGCGACGGAGGAGCAAGAGGCGAUCACUCUACGCUGUGAGGAGCCGACCGUUUCGCUAGUCCCCAAGUCCGAGAUCUAUUCUCCUCCAGAUUCACCCCUUUUGCAACUACAACCAAACGGACGACCCCCGCACCGGAUACGAAGCCCUGAUCUCUCAAAGAACAGUGACAACUAUGCACCCUUAUUCCAACCAGGACCUCUCUCGCUUCUACACCCUCCCGCGCCGCACGUGAAUUCGAUCUUCCUCGCCGGCCGUUUUCCAAGCAUCUUACAGUAUGACCGCCGCUUUUUCCCACGGCUUCAAAACACAAUUCAUUCCGGUGGCCAACUCUGCGGUCUUGCUGCUGUUCCUGCGCCGCGAUUCCCUGUCUCUCCCAACUCUGAGUUCCCCGCCUCCCACAAGUUGGUAGCGUGCGGUGACUACAAAGGGCGGGGCUCUCUUGAACUUUACAACCUCACGCCCUCCAACACUAACGCCAAGAGCGAUCCAUCGGGCUGCUCGUCCAACCUGUCUACAGUGUACCAAAAUCGGCAGAGUGUCGCUAGAUCCAAGGUGCUCUCGGUCGAAUCACACGGAACCCGAAUUGUCUACUCCGAUGCAGACGGCAAUAUCAAAUGGGUUGAGCGUGAUGGACGUUCCGAAGUUCGCCGCCUGAACAUCAAUUCAUACCAACCGCAGCGAAGAUACUACCCACAGCGCAAUGGGGAAACGUCCACUCAUUCGGGAAGCAACGCUAAUGCUAAUGGUGAAGAGGAAGACCAGACAUUCGGAUUAUGGGGUAGCCUAUCGCGGUCUCGCAGCGAGGGCGAAGUCGCACGAAAGGUUCUCCCGACCGGCGGCAGCCUGACAGGCGAUGAACUACUUGUCUGGACAGGAGAACACAUUGGACGCGUCCAUUUCUCCAAUCUCCCGGACAUGGGUCCAGAUUCGGAUGAAGAAGAUGACGCUAUAUCUGUCGAUGGGCAUAUUGGAGAAGCGGAGCGUGAAGAGCGACGGAACAAACGGCGAGAGCUACGCCGGCGGGAAGAAGAAUAUGCCACUAUGAUGCGGAAGGCACUGGAGAGGCAGGCCGAUGAAGUGAGGCGGAUGGGGGGCCUGGGGCUGUGAUUUGAGGAUGAUGUUUCUUUCCAAAAUAGAUGAAGCGCAUUUGAUAAACGCAUGCUUGUCUUUUCACGAUCCGCACGUACCCCUUCAUGCAUGAUUCGUUGGUCUGGUUGACUACACCUCCAGUUCGGGCUUGAUGUUAUGGUAGCGAUACCCUUGUGCUUAGAUAUAGAAAUUGCGAGUGACUCUUUUAGAUCAAAUAGACAAGAUUACACUUUGUCUUCUGUCCACUUGCCCCUUACGCUUGUCCGAGGAAUUGCCGGGUGCGGCGAGAAUCUCAACGGCCUCGGCCUGCCGCGAUGACUGGCUUCUGACAAACCAUUAG